CUUAUGUACUAGAAUAAUCUAUUACAAUGAAUUUAAGAUGCUGAAUUGAAUUAGAACUAUAUACUUACCCCUUUUUGUAUACAUACUUACCUCUAGUCUAAGCCGUUAGGUUAAGAUUUAGGCUAACUAAUGAACUGUUGGAAUAAAGAUUAUCAUUGUAUUAAAGAUCAUAACCGCGAACGGACGCUUUUCAAUUUUUAAUCGGAAUUAUUUAAAUUCGAAUUUAGCACAGGCAAUUAGCUUUUAGUUACGCAUCUUAGUGAGUCCAUCGUGUUUAACUUCAAUCUUAAAAACGCUUAAGAUUUUUUUCAUGGCGCCCGAGCAGGGACUCAGUGCGUGGCUGUAAAAAAUUUUCGAAGAAAGUAAUACUUACUUGGCGUAUUAAUUUAAUUUCUAACGCGUGAGCAAUUGCCUGUGAAUUUUCAAUUUAUUUCGGUUUCGGUCGAGUGAAAGUGAUUAAAGUGACAACUAAGAAUAAAUGUCUGGACAAAGACAUUAAAAAUAAAAAUAAAAAUAAAAUAUAUCUAUAUAGAUAUACAUACAUAUACAGAUAAAACUUCAAAAAAAAAAAAUUUUUUUGCAUUAAAAAUAGCAGUGGUUUGUGGAAAAUAUAUCACUUGUAUAUACGUACAUAUAUAAAUUAAUUGCGGAGUGUACACAUGCGACAUACACUCAAGUGAAUAAAAACGAAGUGGUAAAAUCAAACAUAAAGAAACUAAAAUACAAAUUAACCUAAACUAAAAAUUGAAAAAAGAUUGAGAGAAAAAUUUUGUGAAGUGUGUGGUGAAAAUAUCAUACAUACAUACAUGACAUACGUGCGGUAAAAUCACCAAUAGUGCGCAAACACAAGGAAAUAAAAGGAAAGAAGCAAAACCAAAAGGUGGUGAAUUAGGUUAAACAGGCAUAUUUUGCAAAUACAGUGGAGUGUCGAAAUAUAAGCAGUGCCAAAUAAAGGCAUUUACAUUUUUUCUGCUCAGUGGUUACACAGUUAGUGCAUGAGAUUAAUUGCGGUAAAGCAGAUUUAUUAAAAACGACCGCCAAAAAUAUAAAGUGCCGUUCCUAAACAAAAUAAAAACAGUGUCGCGAGUGCCGCUAAGAAGUGCCGGAAAAGAGGUACAAACCCGUUGAAAGAAAAGUGCCGUAAAACUAAACCCGAUAACUUUGGCCGUUAAAACGUGAAACAGCUAUUUGGGGUAACAUUACGCCGGUACCGAACGGGCGUGCGUCAACACCAUCGUCCCUCUGCUGCUGCGUCAACGCGGAUUCUCGCCGCUGCCAAGUCAACAACACCGUCGCUGCUAACGUCGACGCCAGAUCCGUCUCUUCGUGGGAAUGAGCUGCAAUUGCAUUCUCUGCAAAAGGGAAGUGAACGCAGGCAAACCGCCUAUGCAUUCACAACAGGUUCAUUGGUCGCCGAGGGAUGCCACAGACGAUAUACAGCGACAACGCAACCAACUUCGUCGGCGCCGAUCGCAAGUUGCGCGAACUCAAAGAGGCGUUUCUGUCCCAGUCUCCGGAAGUAAUGAAAUUAGCCGCCGAAGAAGGGUUCAAAUUCGCCUUUAUACCACCGAGGGCGCCGCACUUCGGCGGGUUAUGGGAGGCGGCAGUGAAGUCCGCCAAACACCUCGCCGUGCGCGCAAUGGGCAACGUACUGCUCACCGCCGAAGAACUAGGAACACUGCUGGCCGAAGUGGAGGCCAUCCUCAACUCGCGGCCCCUCGCACCGUUGAGCCAGGAUCCCAACGACGGCGAAGCAUUGACUCCAGCACACCUGCUAAUAGGGUGCUCCCUCCGAGCCUUACCACCGGCACAAGUGUCAACGGACCCGAUUCGCUAUUGCGAGAGAUGGCAACUUGUUUGCUGUCUCAAGCAACAGUUUUGGCGACAGUGGUCCAAAACGUACAUUACCAGUCUUCAGCAGCGCAACAAAUGGCUGCACCCGAAACGCAACCUGCAGCCCGGCGAUCUCGUCCUCGUCCACGAAGACAACACGCCACCGCAGCAGUGGGCACUAGGACGAAUCGCCGCAACCGUAGAAGGACGAGACGGAAAGGUGCGAGUGGCAGACGUGGCAACCAAGGCAGGCACCAUUAAGCGCCCUAUUCACAAGCUCGCCCUGCUGCCUGUCGAAGUUGAAGGAUCAUGAUCCUGUCAAGGUGGCCGAUGUUGCGUCAUGCGACUUUAUAAUUCAAAAAAUAUAUUUUAAGAACUUAAUUUGUUAAAAUAAUUGUAUGCAUUAUAAAAUCUUUUACAUUAUGUAAAAUACUUACGAAUUUUGUAAUAUACAAGUAUAACCAUAAUCUACUACUUAUGUACUAGAAUAAUCUAUUACAAUGAAUUUAAGAUGCUGAAUUGAAUUAGAACUAUAUACUUACCCCUUUUUGUAUACAUACUUACCUCUAGUCUAAGCCGUUAGGUUAAGAUUUAGGCUAACUAAUGAACUGUUGGAAUAAAGAUUAUCAUUGUAUUAAAGAUCAUAACCGCGAACGGACGCUUUUCAAUUUUUAAUCGGAAUUAUUUAAAUUCGAAUUUAGCACAGGCAAUUAGCUUUUAGUUACGCAUCUUAGUGAGUCCAUCGUGUUUAACUUCAAUCUUAAAAACGCUUAAGAU